UGGUGGAGAGCACUUUUUGGAGGCCGAUACGCUGGGUCCCAGGCUGGCCCGGCUAAGCUGGGGGAGAGAGAGUGAGGGCGGCGCAGGGCGCGCUCUGGGGUGGCCCGGGGAGCUCCGCGCGGGCCUGACCUUCCCAGGCGCCUGGCUGAAGCCGCUGCCUGCCUGGGAAGAGACACCGGGGAGUCCCCGGGGGCACUAGGUGCUCCCGUAGCAUCCAGGCGGGCUGGCUAGCCGUGCGCCCUGGGCGCGCGAGGCACCGAGGCCCGGAGCCCUGCGCGCCUGGACUGGAGGGCCGGCUCGGCGAUGCACGCCCUCACCGGCUUCUCUCUGGUCAGCUUGCUCAGCUUCGGCUACCUGUCCUGGGACUGGGCCAAGCCGAACCUCGUGGCUGACGGGCCCGGGGAGGACGGCACGGAGCAGCCCUCGGCCGCUCCCCCGCAACCUCCCCACAUUAUCUUCAUUCUGACCGACGACCAGGGCUAUCACGACGUGGGCUACCAUGGCUCAGAUAUUGAGACCCCUACGCUGGACCGGCUGGCGGCAGAGGGUGUCAAGUUGGAGAAUUACUACAUCCAGCCCAUCUGCACGCCUUCACGGAGCCAGCUCCUCACCGGCAGAUACCAGAUCCAUACAGGACUCCAGCACUCCAUCAUCCGCCCUCGGCAGCCCAACUGCCUGCCCUUGGACCAGGUGACACUGCCCCAGAAGCUGCAGGAGGCAGGUUACUCCACCCACAUGGUGGGCAAGUGGCAUCUGGGCUUUUACCGGAAGGAGUGCCUGCCCACACGCAGGGGCUUUGACACCUUCCUGGGCUCCCUCACAGGCAACGUGGACUACUACACCUAUGACAACUGUGAUGGCCCAGGAGUGUGUGGCUUUGACCUGCAUGAGGGGGAGAGUGUGGCCUGGGGGCUCAGUGGCCAGUACUCCACCAUGCUCUAUGCCCAGCGUGCCAACCACAUUCUGGCUAGCCACAGCCCCCAACAGCCCCUCUUCCUUUAUGUGGCCUUCCAGGCUGUGCACACACCCCUGCAGUCUCCCCGAGAGUAUCUGUACCGCUACCGCACCAUGGGCAAUGUGGCCCGGAGGAAGUAUGCAGCCAUGGUGACCUGCAUGGACGAGGCUGUGCGCAACAUUACCUGGGCCCUCAAGCGCUACGGUUUCUAUAACAACAGUGUCAUCAUCUUCUCCAGUGACAAUGGUGGCCAGACCUUUUCAGGAGGCAGCAACUGGCCCCUCCGAGGGCGCAAAGGCACUUAUUGGGAAGGGGGUGUGCGGGGCUUGGGCUUCAUCCACAGCCCUCUGCUCAAGCGAAAGCGACGGACCAGCCAUGCACUAGUGCACAUCACUGACUGGUACCCGACCCUGGUGGGUCUGGCAGGUGGCACUGUGUCAGCAGCCGAUGCACUUGACGGCUAUGAUGUGUGGGCAGCCAUCAGUGAGGGCCGAGCCUCACCUCGCACGGAGAUCUUACACAACAUCGACCCACUCUACAACCAUGCCCGGCAUGGCUCCCUGGAGGGUGGCUUUGGCAUCUGGAAUACUGCAGUCCAGGCUGCCAUCCGUGUAGGCGAGUGGAAGCUGCUGACUGGAGACCCGGGCCCCGGUGACUGGAUUCCGCCCCAGACCCUGGCUGCCUUCCCUGACAGCUGGUGGAACCUGGAGCGGAUGUCCAGCGUCCGCCAGGCCGUGUGGCUCUUCAACAUCAGUGGUGACCCUUAUGAACGGGAGGACUUGGCUGGCCAGAGACCUGACGUGGUCCGAGCCCUGCUGGCCCGCUUGGCUGACUAUAACCGUACAGCCAUCCCUGUGCGCUACCCGGCUGAGAAUCCUCGGGCUCAUCCUGACUUUAAUGGGGGUGCUUGGGGGCCCUGGGCCAGCGACGAGGAAGAAGAGGAAGAUGAAGAGGAAAGCAGGGCUCGAAGCUUCUCCCGGGGUCGCCGUAAGAAAAAGUGCAAGAUUUGCAAGCUCCGAUCCUUUUUCCGUAAACUCAACAACAGGCUGAUGUCCCCCAGGAUCUGAUGGGUGGGGUGGCAGGAUCUUGGUUCCUUAGAUAGAUUUCCCCACUUCAGCCUGGUCCUGCUCCUUCUCAGGUAGAAGCCUGAGGUCGAGUCUCCAUCUGUAGGGAAACAGAGGGCAUAGAGCCCCUCAGUUGUACAAGAUGAGAACCUCACUGAGGGCUGGGUGUAAACCAGACUGGAUGCCUGGGUCCUCCUCCUGCCUCUCUACUGACGCUGUGACCUCAGGUGACCUAUGGGAGCUUCCAGCCUCAGUUUUCACAUCUGUAAACAAGCUCUAAUGACUUUGUGACUAUGGGAUGCACACGGUCCCCUGAGGUCAUGGUGGAGUCAUGGGCGGUAUUGCUGCCUCACAGCUUGCACUGUGAGGCCUUUCCCCUCAUCCUGGUUGGGUGAGAGGCCAUCUGGAGGCAGCUUCCUGCUGGACAUUAGCUGGAGUCUGGCGAGCUGACUGCUCUUUUCAGGGACCCUGUGAGUGAGGGCAAAGGGGGACAGGCUGGGAGGCUACCCUUUUUGGUCUUCACGUGGCCUAGGCUAGUCCUGGCCAGAUCAUCGGGGCACUGGCAGAAAGUUCUUUCUGCCUCCGGCAUCCAGGGACAUUGCUGGGCCCUCAGCUGCUUAAUAUCAAGGUCAGUAGAAAGAGCUGUGAACAGAGCCCCUGAACCCAUCAUCUCCUGUGACCUUAGGCACUGUCCUUCCACUCUGGGUCUCACUUUCCUGGCUCUGGCUACCUCAAAGAGCUGCAGAAGACUGGCCCAUCUUGUGGUUGUGAAGG